GCCAAAUAACAUCCCUUUCAGAGUAACUCUCUCCUCUCAGGUCAAGGCAAAUUGCUCCCCAUGCAUUGUUCCUGAUCAAACUGGCUGAUUGGAUGUAAGAAAUCACUGAGGAUUGGGAAGAGGUUUCUCAUUCUAAGGUGUCCAAGAUCAUUUCUUACAACAGGAGUGGAGUUUUCUAGAAAACAACACCAUGGUGAGGAACAUUGAUGACUUCGAUUUUAGUCUUCCAUCCCAUCCUCAAUCUAUUCUGGAAGGAUUACAGGCCCUGCGCUCCAAUCCCAAACUUUCAGAUGUCACCUUAAUAGUUGGGAAGCAUGAAUUUUCCUGCCACCGCAGCAUCCUGGCCCUCUGCAGUCAUUACUUCAAGGCUAUGUUUGCUGGUGACUUUCUGGAAAGUUUCUCUGCUCGCGUAGAGAUAAAAGAAGUGGAUCCGGUUGUUAUGGAGUCUUUGAUUGACUUUGCUUACACAGGAAAGGUAACCAUAAACCAGGGGAAUGUAGAGGCCUUAAUUCGGGCAUCCAACCAACUUCACUUUCCCACUAUCCAGAAAGUCUGCAGCCGGUACCUGAGACAGCAGAUGGAUGCAACCAACUGCUUGGGCAUUUGUGAGUUCGGGGAAAUACAUGGCUGCCCAGAAGUGUCAUCAAAGGCUUGGUCAUUUCUGCAGGAGAAUUUUGAGCUUGUGUCUCAGCAGGAGGAGUUCCUUCAAUUGUCCAAGGAGAGGCUGAUUACCUAUCUAUCUAACAACCUACUACAAAUGCAGGAAGAGCAGAGCCUAGUUGAGGCUGUGCUUCGAUGGGUGAGGUCUGAAAAAUCUGCCAGAGCCAUGUACCUUCCAGAGCUUCUUGACCUGGUACACCUCGUCACAUUGCCAGAUCAGUAUCUGCAGAACCUCUUGGCAUCAGAACCAUUGAUUCAGGAAUCGGAUACUUGCAAGACCAUUAUCACCAAACAUCGCAGCACGGUGGAGAACCGGCCAUUUGUCCAGCAGAGGCUACAGGCUCUUCCACAAAAGCUUGAGGAGGUGCUGGUAGUGGUGGGAGGCAGAGCCCUGGAAGAGGAUGAAGAAGAAGAUGGAGAGGCACAAGCACAACCAACAUCCAGGAACUUUGCCUUUUAUAACACAAAGACAAAAGAAUGGAUUGCUCUUCCUGAUUUUCCAGACUAUAAUAAAUGGGGCUUUUCUAUGAUUGCACUAAAUAACAAUGUUUAUGUCACAGGUGGCUCCAGAGGUUCACAGAAUGACACGUGGUCCACAACCCAGUCGUGGUGCUUCUGCUUCAGGAAAGGUGCCUGGAAGCCUAUUGCUCCAAUGCUAAAGCCUCGAACAAACCAUGCUACGGCUGUUCUUAAUGGAGAGAUCUAUGCCAUUGGUGGUAAGGAAUGGGAUCUGUCAGCCUCACUCUUCAGGCAUGCGAUCAGCAGCAUGAGUACCACUGUGGACAUUGUGGAGGUGGAGUGCUAUGAUCCAUACAAUGACAGCUGGUGUUUUGUCAGCCCUGCCCUGAAAUAUGUCAGCAACUUUUCAAUAGCUGGGUGUCUCGGAAAGUUGUACCUCAUAGGCUCUUGUGCUGUCAAAUACAAUGCAUUAACUCUGCAGUGUUAUAGCCCCGCUACAGAUGUCUGGAGUGUCAUUGCCUCUCCUUUUAUCCCCAAAUACCUCUCUGCUCCCCGAUGUGUCUCUUUGCAUGGUGUCAUCUAUCUUAUUGGAGACAACACAAAGAAGGUUUAUGUAUAUGAUCCAGAUGCUAACAUAUGGCAGAAGGUGCAACAGCUCCACACUCUACAUGAAAAUGGAGGGAUGGUGUCUCUUGGAGGUAAACUAUUUGUUACAGGUGGACACUGGAAGGGCAUGGAUGGUGACUACCAAGUGGAGAUGGAAAUUUAUGACUGUGCCAAGGAUAUUUGGACAAGGGAAGGUCACCUCCCAUGCCUAUGGCUCUAUCACACUUCCUCUUCUAUCUUUACUGAAACUUCAAAGUGGAGAGAACUGUUCUUGGGAAACCAAGUGUGACUGGGAAUAUGGGAUAAGGACUCUGAAUUCAGCUGAGCCUAUAAAAAAAAGAUUACUAUUUAGUAUCAUGUUUUUACACUUUCGUUUACAUCACCUUCUUGUUUAGACUUUGUUUUCCUACUACAGUCAUUUCUGGGACAAACCAGUUUACCCAAAGAUUAGGAUGCUAGUCUUAGCUGGUGCAUUAAAAAAAACAAGCAGCGAUUGGGGUUGAAGUUUUUAAAAACCGGUUAGAAGGAGAUGGGCUGGAGUGGGGUUAAAACAAUAACUCUGCAAUCAGUAUAAGGUCAAAACAAGCUUUUGUAUUAGCUGUAGAUUACUAAAGGUAAAGUGAUAGAAAACAACACUACCACAGCUACAUGUCACUUGAAGUCACUGCUUUCAUUCAGGAGAGUAUUCACCAGCAGUGAAAUGCAUGAAGCUCUAGAGACUUCUUCAGUUUUUAAAAUUACAUACCUUCCAAAAAAAUGCCACAACUAAAGCAGGUGAUCUUCCAGUAGGAAGCUGAUGAUACUUGUGAAAAUGAUGCUCUGGUAGAGGAGUUCCAUGAGCAAUGUGAAGUAUACUAAAGCACACUGAUUUCAGUGAGUUGGAGAAUGAUCAGUUCUGUGUUGGAUGAUGGCUGGUGUCUGAAGAGUAAACAAUAAUAUGUCAGCCCUAAGUCAAAACUGGAAGUCCUGAGGUGCCAAGGAUAUCAUGGUGAAUAACUUUGAUAGGUGACGUUUGUGAUCCAAUCUGAAAUUCCUUUUUGAUUACCUAUUUUUACAGUGUUCAGAAUAUUUGUGUUCUUCAUGAAGCACAUAUUUUGGUUUAAUUACUUUGCAUGUUAAAUAACAUUAAAUCUGGCUUUGAAAUGCAGACUGACGUAUUUGAUAUCCUUCUUGUUGGUUGCCAUAAUUAGUUGAAUAAUCUCAGAAUAGCCCCAUCUUUGUUUACAGUAGUUUAUAGAAUGCUUUUAAUUGCAAGUGGUGAGUGCCCAAAUAAUCAUAUUUUCUUUUUCAGUGCUAUAAAUCCCAUUGAUUUCUGAUGAAUCUGAUAUAUAAAUAAACAUUUUUUUCAACACCUCAAUCUGCAUUACAUG